UUUUUUCAAACCUGUCGGCAAUUCCAAGUUUCUUCUCCAACUCCACGCACAGAUGCGAUUUAUUGGAAAAAAUAGUUAAAACCAAAAUGCCAAAGGUUGCGCCAACACGGUGGAAUUAUAACAUUCGCACAGUCAGUGCCGUUUUUGAGAACCGUGAAAGUCUUAUUGAUUGUUUCCGGGAGUUAGAGAAUAAAUGUGAUAAAACAAUUACUAGUAAGGAGGCAUACGGUUUAAGAAGAGCACUUGAAGAUUCUGAUUUCAUCUUUUUUUUGACUUUUUUUCACAAAACCCUACCGCACGUAGCUAUUUUGUUUAACCAGUUUCAAAGUAGGAAUAAAGACAGGACACUACAGAGGAUAUACAGCAAACUGUUGAAAAUGAGCAUGGAGACAAUGGAAAUAAACGCAGAAAAGUAG